ACAUAUUUCAGUAGUUACUUAAAUUUCAAAUUCAACUGCUUAGGAGAAAAAAAAAAAACCCAUAGUAUGCCAGAAUUUAUAUGGUAGAUCUCACUGGAAAAAAUAAAUGAUAUGAUUCAUUACUUUGCUAUCCCCAUAUUAACCCAUAUUCUAAUUUUUUUUUUUUAGCUAAAUUGUUUUUUAAUGUUUAUUUAUUUGGGGGUGAGGGAGGGAACAGAGCACAAGUGGAAGAGAAGCAGAGAGAGAGGGAGACACAGAAUCUGAAGCAGGCUUCAGGCUCCGAGCUGUCAGCACAGAGCCCGAUGCAGGGCUCGAACUCAGGAACUUCAGGAUCAUGACCUGAGCCAAAGUUGGACCCUUAAGUGAUUGAACCACCCAGGCGCCACUGACCUAUAUUCUACAGUCAAUUUGAUGCUGGAGAAUUAUUUAGUGCAUCUGCAUUGUAAGACCUUCGAUGGUCUUGCUAGUGGUGCUAGUCAAUAGCCUAAAUACUAAAAAAUAAUUAAUUAGCACAAUUAAACGUAAAAUACAGCAAGUUUCAAAUAUGACAAUGUGUAAGUAUCUUUGGAUUAUUUAAAGAAUACAAGAUCUGAGAAAGUAGUACGAUGCCAACGGCCAAUGUCACUGCAACCCGGCUACUCAGGUUCAAACCAUGGCUCUACUACUAACAUUUAGUUGAGUCAUUUAACCUCUUUUCAGCUAAAUUCUCCUUAUCUGGGGGCACCUGGCUGGCUCAGUCAGUAGAGCUUAUGACCAACUCUUGAUCUCUGGGUCGUGAGUUCGAGCCCCACGUUGGGAGUUAACAACAACAAAAACACUAUAAAUUCUCCUCAUCUGUAAAAGGAAGAUAAUGUUAGGUACUAACUUGGAGAGUUGUAAAUAUUAAAUGUUAUAAAUAAAGCAUUAAUAACAGAGACCCAUACAUUGCAAGUGCUGUAUAAGGAAAUACAUCAAACUUGGAAAAAUCUCUUAACAAAAGAAGAAUAUAUAUUAGGAAUAAGUUAUCAGGGAAAAGUAAGAGUAAGUAGAGAUUUUGGGAUUUAAUUUUUCUUGAAAAUUGUAGCCCAUUCCCAGUGUCUCCACACAGAAUCCUCUUCUUUGCGAAAGUGAAUAUUGAGCCCUGGAAAAUAACUGAAUGACGUCUGUGGAUUUGAAAAUUGCAGUAAUCUUCCUGGUCCAGAUUACCAUUGGAAUCCUGGGGAAUUUCUCACUCUUAUAUCAUUAUAUGUCCCUUUGCUUCAAUGGAGGUAGGUCAAGAUCCACAGAUGUGAUUUUCAGGCACUUGACUGUAGCCAACUCUUUGGUCAUUCUCUCGAGAGGAAUCCCGGAGACCAUGGCAGCUUUUGGGUUGAGAUAUUUUCUCAAUGACUUUGGAUGCAAAGUUGUUUUCUAUAUGCACAGAGUGGCCAGGGGUGUGUCCAUUGGUACUACCUGCCUCUUGAGUAUCUUCCAGGCCAUCACCAUCAGUCCCAGGAGUUCCAGGUGGGCAGAGAUGAAAGCAAAAGCCCUGAAGUACAUUGGCCCCUCCACCAUUUUGUGCUGGAUUCUGCACAUGUUGGUAAAUAUCAUAGUACCUAUGUAUGUGAUUAAAAAAUGGAGUAAUGAAAACAUCACAACUAUAGACUUUAAGUACUGUUCAGCUACACUUCAUGACAAAGGUACAGACUUCCUAUGUGCAACUGUCACAUCUAUCCCUGAUGUUUUGUGUUUGGGGCUCAUGUGCUGGGCCAGCGGCUCCAUGGUUUUCAUCCUUUACACACACAAGCAGAGGGUCCAACACAUUCAUAGGAACAACCUGUCAUCUAGAUUCUCCCCUGAGACCAGAGCCACUCAAACCAUCCUUGUCCUGGUAAGCACCUUUGUAUCUUUUUAUACCCUCUCUUCCAUCAUUUACAUUUGUUUUUCUUGUUUUGGCAAGACCACUUGGUGGCUGGUGGACACCUCUGCCUUAAUCAAUAUCUGUUUCCCAACUGUCAGCCCCUUUAUUCUCUUAAGUUGUAACCCCUGUGUAUCUAGACUCUUCUGUACAUGUACUAGAAGAAAUACACAACUACCCCAUCUCACCAGAAACAUAUAAAUUGUAUG